AUGUUGACGGCUCCCCGAAUCAAUGGACGUUUCAGCCAGCUCCUGCUGCUGGCCGCGGUGCUCCUCAUCCUUACCAUAGUCUUUUAUGCCAACGCCGAUACCAUCCAUGUUCCAGAAAGCAUCUCCCGGAAGCCUCCGACCAAGGCUCGACCCCAUCACCCCAUCGACGAUUUGAUUGAAGAGGCGGAUCGCCAACAAGAUGCUUUGCUGCAAAAGGAGUCGCAUACACUCGCUGAUGCCGUGCGCGCAUACGAGGACCGCAGAGGGCGACGACCGCCGCCAGGCUUCGACGCCUGGUUCCAUUUCGCCCAAGAGAACAAUGCCCUGAUCAUCGAAGAUUUCUUCGAUCGCAUUUACCACGACUUGAAUCCCUUCUGGGCAGUGCCUCCUUCGAGUAUUCGCCAGCAAGCCGGCGACAUCUUCCAUCGAAUCAGUAUUCGCAAUGGCAACACAUCACAGCUCAGCGAUCAACCACGCGUCUGGCUGGACCUUUGGGAGAACUUGAUUGGCACUAUCGUACACCAUUUACCUGAUCUGGACAUUCCCAUCAACGUUAUGGAUGAGUCGCGCGUGGUAGUACCCUGGGAGACGAUAGACGAAUACAUGACCGCAGAAAAGAAGUCACGACGUAUUGUGCCUGCUUCCGAAGUCGUUGGCAAGUUUGGCAAGACGUCGGUCGGGAAGGACGAGGAAGUCCCUCAAUUCGAUCCUCAAUGGGAAGGCGGACCUUAUUGGGACCGCGCUGUCAUCGGAUGCCAUCCGGACUCUCCUGCUCGCUCUUACAAGGCAGAAGUGGAUUAUACCGUAUUCCCACCCUUGAACAAUUCUUAUCCCCAGAAAAGUCAUGAAGGCUACGUCGCGAACUGGACAUAUGUGAAACAACCCUGCGAACACCCUCAACUUCAGGGCCUUCACGGCACCUUUGUUGAGCCCAUCUCAAUUUCAAACUCGAGGAAGCUUAUGCCCCUGUUCGGAGGCUCGAAACUACCCAUGAACAAUGAGAUUCUGUUGCCACCAGCCAUGUACUGGACAGACGACCCCUUCUACUCUGGUGGCGAAGAACACGGCGCCGAGUGGGACAAGAAGAAGAAUAAGAUCAUUUGGCGAGGUGCUGCUUCGGGUGGUCGCAACAAGGACACAACCUGGGCUCGCUUCCAGCGCCACCGCUUUGUGUCGAUGGUAAACAGCACCAGUAUUGCACGUGCUGAGGAAACGGGCAAGCAACCCAACUUUGAACUGCCCGAGUCUGGGCAGUAUGACUUGCCCUCUGGUUCUCUGGCAAAAUGGGUUGGAGAAUGGGGAGAUGCAGCAUUCGUACACCUUCUCUGCUUCCCCGACACAAGACCACCGUUUUGCGAUUACGACGAUGCAUUUUAUCAAGUCAAGCCCUCGAUGCCCAUGGGAGAGCAAUACAACUACAAAUAUCUACCAGACAUUGACGGCAACUCGUUCUCUGGAAGGUAUCGAGGAUUCCUCGGAUCAACAUCACUACCUAUCAAAGCGACCAUCUACGACGAAUGGCAUGACUCCCGAAUGAUGGCUUGGAAGCACUUCGUGCCCAUGGACAACACAUUUGUCGACAUUUACGGCAUCAUGCACUACUUUCUAGGUGGGCGUGAUGCAGCAGCCAAGAAGAUUGCACUUGAGGGCAAAGAGUGGACCGAGACGGUUCUCCGACGAGAGGACAUGCAGAUCUAUGUCUUCAGACUGCUGCUAGAGUACGGCAGGUUAUGUGAUGACAACCGCGAGAAGCUAGGCUAUGUCAGUGAAGCGGAAAGACUGUUGCUGUCUGGUCUGGACGCAGCUGGAGCGAAGUAA